GUAGCCUGGAUUGGGGAAGUGAGUCGGUUCUGCAUCUGAGAAAAUGUGCUUUAAAUCGUUGGAACAUUUGCCGUGUUGGUAUAUGACUACCCGCACAAUGAUUGUUAAAUGUGAAGUAUCUGUUAUGUUAUCAACGUUUGCAUGGAGGACACACGUCGUGUGGACGCAUCUAAAAAUGUCGCCGUGUUGUUUGAUAUGGGAUCAUCGAGAACAAGUGCCGGAGUCAAGAUGGCGGCGCAACAUAUUGCUGUGGGAAACGAUCUGAGACUUAUGAACAGGUAAAGCGAUCAUAAAUUGUAACGAUUACAGCAAGGGGGCUCUAUAAUUUGGUAACGGAUAAGAAUUUUAUUCAGAUGAAGAAAGAGACAGUGGUCCACUUUCUGGGGAAGAUUGUUAAAAAGAAAAUGUUCUGCAUGAUGGUUCAUUAUUUUGCCUGAAAAAGCUAACGUUGGCCACCGACAACGUUAAAAUUGUAUGUAAAUUAUACUUUCAUGUAAUUACUAAUACUUUGCCAUACGCGACUCGUUCUUUGGAUGGCGCUUUUUACCGUCUGUCAAAGCACUGCAGUGCUCUUUAUUUAGCUGUUAACGACUUUUUUUUGUAUCUGCUGUAUAUUGUAUCGAUGUCAAGUAUACCGACGCUGAACGUCAACAGUAUUAAAUUUGUUCUUUCAGUUAAAAGAACGACUCACCCCCUUUACGAAAAUGGAGUGAUCCAAUUAUGACGUGCAGGGGGAUUCCCCCUUGUCAUUUUCCCUGCAACUUUCCCCGCGCUUGCGCCGCCAGCUGAUCGAGUGACAAAACGUGACGUGCCGGCUUGUAAUAUUUCCCGUAUGAUUUUACACUAAUAUCUUAUCUUUAAACGGCCGUCUUCCGACCACAAUGACUGGCAAGUGUUCCAAGUGUCGUGUAGUCGCAUGUCAGAGGUGUAAACCUCCUCGGUCACGAUCACGUCGGAAAAGGCGCCCGCCGAUCAAGGUUCGUCUUCCAUCCAAGACAUGGAAAGUCGACGUCGCCAUCUUGGUUCUCAGCAUUGGGCCGGCGGUCGUUACGUCCAGUGCGGUUCCUGUGGAGACUGCAGGUGCUUCCAACCCCCCAGACUUCUGCCCAACAGAACCCACCUAUCCUCACCCUUUCAUAUCUAGAUUACAGUGUAAGCUCUGCGCACCAGGUCAGUAUGUGGAACACCACUGUACUAGUACCACCAGCAGCCAGAGCUCGUGUGUCGCCUGUCCACCCCGGAAGUACCAGCCGUGCCCCAGCAGUAACAUCCGCUGCCACCCCUGCAGUGACUGUGGGGACUUCCUUGUGGAUGACGGGAGGUUUGGCCCCCCGCGGGAACCCUGCUCUCCGACCCAGGACAACAUCUGCCACUGUCCGCAGGACAAGUACUGGAGCCUGGAAGAUCCAGGAUGUAAGAUGACAAACUCGUGUGGCCCAGGGGAAGGAGUGGCACAUCAAGCCACCUACAAGAGUGAUACCGUCUGCAUCACCUGCCAGGAUGGCUUCUACUCCAACGAGACAUCUCAUGUCCAGGUGUGUGCUGAGUGCAGGAGGUGUGAGGAGGAAGGGUUGGAGACAUUACAACCCUGCAGCACAACCAGUGAUGCUGUCUGUAGUACCGACGGUAGUAGUGCACCACCCUCACCAGACCCUCUGCCCUCAUCACAAAUCCAAGACGCCGGGUUAGAAUGGUGGAAGAUAUUUCUCAUUGCAUUAGCAGCAACUUGUCUGCUUGUCGGUAUUAUUCUUUUGAUUAUAUGGAAGAGGAGAAGAAACGGGGCUGUCCCAAACAACACUGCAAAUUGUGCUGCUCAGGUCAACGUCACCUACAACACUAGAAAUGGAGUUGUUUAUACUGCUGUCUCACAGGGCCCUUUCAAUUCUGCUGUCCCUGCUACUAUACCUGCUAAUGCUGCUGUCCCUGGUGCUGCUGUUCCCCCUUCUGCAAAUGGUGCUGUCCUUGUUGCUGCUGUUCACCCUUCUGCAAAUGGUGCUGUCCCUGGUGCUGCUCAUCCCCCUUCUUCUGCAAAUGGUGCUGUCCCUGGUGCUGCUCAUCCCCCUUCUUCUGCAAAUGGUGCUGUCCCUGGUGCUGCUAUUCCCCCCUUUUCAAAUGCUGCUAUCUCCUCUUGUUCUGCAAAUGGUGCUGUCCCUAGUACAGCUGUUCGCCCUUCUUCUGCAAAUGGUGUUGUCUCUGGUGCUGCUGUCCCACUGGCCUCUCAAAAUGGUGUUGCUAUCCCAUCUUCAUCUGUCAAUGGUGCCAUCCAUGGUGCUGUUCCCUAUCCUCCUUCCUGUGUUGCUGUCCCCCCACCUUCUGCAAAUGGAGCUGCUUAUGCUGCUGUAUUUGAUGGUAUUAGAUCGGAACAGCAAAAGGACAACUGCAACCCUGCUGCUCAGAAUAGCAGUGCUAUCAUUGGUCAACCGAGCAGUGCUGUCAUUGGCCAGCAGCCAAGCAGUGCUAUGCAAUGUGAACAGCCUGAAAGCAAUGCUAACAGCUGGCCAGCCAGGUCAGCUUCAACUGACCAGCCACAGUGCUCAGCAGUUCCCAGACAGCUUGUCAGCAUUCAGCAGCCAAGUAGUGCAGCUGGCUCAGGACAGCCAUCCACGACCAUCACAGCUUGUCAGCCAAGUAGUGCUGUCUACAGUGCUGUCCCCAGUGCUGGUCCAACUAGGAGCCAAAACAUGCAGCAGGGAGCUGAUGGGUCCAACAAUGACAGUGCAAAUCCAGAUUCCUGGACUGACCCAAAGGCUACCAUUCAAGGAUGCCCUGUGCCAGACACCCAUGACCCAGAGGGCAACACAAAGGAUUUGAAUCAAAAGGAUGCUCACGAUGCUGUUGAGGAACUGCCUGUACACAACAACAGGUCGAGGUCCUCAUCAAGAGAUGUUGAUGCCGUCCAGGAUUCCAAAGACCCACCAAACAAUGCAGAUGAUGCCUUGGAAAAGGAGGCCAGAGAACCUGUACAGGAUACAGAACUGGAAGGUGCCGCUGGGCCACUGCAGGCACGUCAGGGUCCCUACGGGUCAAGCAAUGAGAACAUCCCUGCAGCUGCUGUAACUCACAGAUAGUAAUAUAGACCAUAGAACUGAAACUUUGUUCCUGC